UUUGACUUUCUCCGCCCGUCCCUCUGUACUCGUCUCCCUACUCCAAUAAGCUCAAAACCUCCGCCAACCGCCUCUUCCGCCGCCCAUUUAAGAUUCUUUCUCCUUCUUCUUCCUCUUCAGAUGAAUCUCCAUUAAAAAAAAAAAAACUCCAAAAGGGUAAAAUUUCGCUUUCAAUCGUACAGAAAAAAAAAGGAAAGAGAUGAUGCUUCUAGAAGACUUGAAAAAGUUACCUACUCUCUUCACUCCUCUCCUGUGAACUUCAUCAAAAAUCUUCUCCAUCAUUAUCAUAAUUAAGCUUAUAAAUUGCUCCAAAAAAAUUUUUUAAACUCAAAAUUGUGAUUUUUGACUAUGGAGACGAAGUCGCAGCAGAGAUUUGGAUUUGGCAGACAAUCGUCACUAGCUCCGGAGGGGAGAAACGACGACGCUGCGAUUGCUUCUGUCGGAGAUGAUGACGUUGAUCCUGGAGUGAGGCUAAUGUACAUGGCGAAUGAAGGUGAUGUUGAGGGAAUUAAGGAGGCUUUGGAUUCCGGAACGAGUGUGAAUUUCCGUGAUGUUGAUGGUCGGACGGUGUUGCACGUUGCCGCCUGUCAAGGUCAAGACGACGUCGUCAAGUUGCUACUCCGUCGUGGUGCCGAGGUCGACGUCAAGGAUUGCUGGGGCAGCACGCCUCUUGCAGAUGCAAUUUAUUACAAAAACAAUGAUGUCAUUAAGCUUCUGGAGGCACAUGGAGCAAAACCUCUGAUGGUUCCCAUGCAGGUGCGAAAUGCUCGUGAAGUUCCAGAGUAUGAAAUUGAUCCGCGAGAACUUGAUUUUAGCAAGAGUGUUGACAUAACAAAAAAUAUUCUGACCAUUAUAUUAAUCGAAACAAUAACAACUGAAUAUUCAUGA